UUCUGAACCCACGCCACCCCCAACUCUCUCACUCUCACUUUCGAAAACGGCGACUACAGAAACAGACACAGGCACAGCGCUGGGAGCUCACCUCAGCUCACCUCGGUUCACCGCCACCACACGCUCGCCGCCGUCGCCAAGCCUCUCCCCAGAUACUCCGCAUCUGUGCUCGCGAGUCACGACUCGCCUCUCUCCUCUGCCUGUGCUGUGUGCUCGGCCGCUCGCGUCUCGCCGCGCCUCUGCCAGUGAGUGCUCGAGCGUUGCUUCCUGCAGCCGUGCAGCGUGUCGUCGUCGUCCGCCAUCACUUCACCCAACGCCUGGUGUGCUCCACUGCUCGCGUCUGGUCUCUCUUCCUGCAGCUGUGCAGCUGUGCUUCCUCUCCUCCGUGGUUGUUGCUGCCUGAACUGCUGCUCGUCGUCCACCUUCUGCCUCUGCAACAACAGCAAUGGUGGGCUUAUCUCUUGGAGAACAGCAUUUCAUCCAAGGUGGAAUUGCUCAAGAUCUUCGAUGUGAUGGUAGGAAGAGGUUGACCUAUCGACCAAUUUUUGUUGAAACUGGAGUCAUCCCUCAGGCAAAUGGUUCAGCAAGGGUUAGAAUGGGUGCUACUGAUGUCAUUGCCAGUGUGAAGGCGGAACUUGGAAAGCCUAGCUCACUGCAACCUAACAAAGGGAAAGUCUCUAUACAUAUUGAUUGCAGUUCAACUGCAGAGCCAGCCUUUGAGGGUAGAGGUGGUGAUGAGUUAUCAGCAGAACUGUCCAAUGCUCUUCAAAGCUGUCUGUUGGGUGGUAAAAGUGGAGAAGGUGCUGGAAUUGAUCUCUCCUCACUCAUUGUUAUUGAAGGGAAAAUUUGUUGGGAUCUUUACAUUGAUGGGCUUGUUGUAAGUUCAGAUGGAAAUUUAUUGGAUACUCUAGGGGCUGCCAUUAAGGCUGCUUUGAGCAACACCGGCAUUCCGAGAGUACAAGUUGCUGCCGGUGAAUCAAGUGAUGAUCAACCGGAAGUUGACAUAAGUGAUGAGGAGUUUCUGCAGUUUGACACAUCUGGAGUCCCUGUCAUAGUUACACUAACCAAGGUUGGGAGGCACUAUAUUGUGGAUGCUACUUCAGAAGAGGAGUCACAAAUGAGCUCUGCUAUUUCCAUUUCUGUUAAUAGGCAAGGGCACGUCUGUGGUAUAACCAAACGCGGAGGCGCAGGCAUGGACCCAAGCAUCAUUCUUGAUAUGGUUUCUGUUGCUAAGCAUGUUAGCGAGCAGUUAAUAAACAAACUGGAUUCUGAAAUAGCUUCUGCUGAAGCUGAAGACCAGGAAUGACCUAGAAUUUAGUCAUAACUGCGAUGUAUUUUAGACUUCCAAUUAUUUAAUGGUUGAACUAGAGUUUAAUUUAGUGUACAUCAGAAAUUGUUGUGUCUUUAGCUUUGAAGAUUUUAGUCCAUGGUGGAUGCUAGAAUAGUUCAUGUUAAAUUAUACACCACCAUAAGCUAGGGUCCAUGGUCAUUAUUUAAAUUUGUUAACCUAUAAAGAAUUAAAAUAUUGAAAAAGAAUCAAUUAGAAUUUGAACAAUUUUCA